CACCCACAGGGCCAGCAGGCUCACUAGUGGCCCCACCGCUGCUGCUGCUGCUGCUGCCCAAACCUCUGGGGUGCCGCUCUUCAUCCCCCCCUGGACUGUCUCGCCCGCAGCGUCCUUGGUCCUCUUCUGUAGGCUCCCUGGGCCCUGUACAUUCGGUUCCCUUUGCAUGGAACUGUGUCCUUCCUGUCUCCACCCGGCGAGGCCCAGGGUAGGAGGGCUCUGGAAGCCUUCCUGCUUGCCUCACAGAGGCAGCCCGUUCUCCAAAGGCUCUGUGGGCUCCAGCAGGGGACUUGGCGGCCACCUCGGAGCACCAUGAGGAGCCUUUGGGAAUAGGAACAACCUCUCCAGAGGCCCGGGAGAACGUGGUGGCCGGUCUGAGCCUGGCCCUGGGCCUCUGCUGCCCGAAGAAGCCAUGGCAGAAAGCAGCGAUGCCGCUCUGUCGGUAGCUGAGUGGCUUCGGGCGCUGCACCUGGAGCAGUACACAGCCCUCUUUGAGCAGCAUGGACUGGUGUGGGCCACCGAAUGCCAAGGCCUCAGUGAUACCAUCCUGUUGGACAUGGGCAUGCACCUCCCUGGCCACCGCCGCCGAAUCCUGGCUGGUCUGCUCCGUGCCCAUGCACCCCCCGCCCCCGCGCCUCGCCCUGCCCCGCGGCCUGUGCCCAUGAAGCGACACAUCUUCCGUUCACCGCCUGCGCCCGUCACUCCACCUGAACCGCCGCCCACGGCGGCGGCGCCCACGGCUGCAGAGGAUGAGGGGCUACCUGCGGCCCCGCCUAUUCCACCCCGAAGGAGCUGUCUCGCACCUGCCAGCUUCACUCCCCCAUCCACAGCUUCCGCGGACCCUGUGCUGCCCCCGCUGCCUGCCAAGCGACACUCCUUAGAACCAAGUGUUCCUCCUGUCCCUCCUCGCACUGGACCCCCCUACCCGCAGACCAGCCUUCCCUCUAAGGAGGAGGCAUUGCAGCCACAGGUGUCACCCCGUCCCCAACCAGAGCCUUCAGAGACCCUGUCCGCCCUCCUGUCUGCCUUCCCCCAGGGGCCUCAGCAGCCUCUGUCUCCGGCUCCCUGUCCUCCUGAGAUCCCUCCCAAGCCUCCCCGCCUGUUCCCAGAGUUUGACGACUCUGACUACGAUGAUAUCCCAGAGGAGGGGCCGCGGGCCCCAGCCAACGUGAUGACCAAGGAGGAGCCCUUGCCAAGCCGAGUCCCACGGGCCGUACGGGUGGCUAGUCUGCUGAGCGAGGGGGAGGAGCUGUCUGGGGAUGAUGCCGAAGAUGAGGAUGACCAUGCCUAUGAGGGUAUCCCCAAUGGCGGGUGGCCCACCGGUGGCCUGAACCCACCCUUCCGCAGCCUGAUCCCCGAUCUCCCGCCACACCCCAUGGAUGAGCUGCCUGGGGGCUCCACCCCCAUCACACCGGUCAUCAAGGCUGGCUGGCUGGACAAGAACCCACCACAGGGGUCCUAUAUCUAUCAAAAGCGAUGGGUGAGACUGGAUGCUGACUACCUGCGAUACUUCGACAGUAACAAGGACGCCUACUCCAAGCGCUUUGUCCCUGUAGCCGGCAUCUGCCAGGUAGCUGCUAUCGGAGACCAGAAGUUUGAAGUGAUCACAAACAGUCGGACCUUCGCCUUCCGGGCAGAGAGCGACGUGGAGCGGAAUGAGUGGAUGCAGGCUUUGCAGCAGGCAGUGGCUGAGCUGCGAGCCCGUGCCCGGCUCUCUAGUGCCUCUCUGUUGGGAGUUCGAGGUACUGAGCAGCCUGACCGUGCUGGCAGCCUGGAGCUCCGAGGCUUCAAGAAUAAGCUUUAUGUGGCAGUGGCUGGGGACAAAGUACAACUCUACAAGAAUCUGGAGGAGUUCCAGCUGGGCAUUGGUAUCACCUUCAUCGACAUGAACGUGGGCAACGUGAAGGAAGUGGACCGGCGCAGCUUUGACCUCACGACCCCCUACCGUAUCUUCAGCUUCUCAGCCGAUUCAGAGUCAGAGAAGGAGCAGUGGCUGGAGGCCAUGCAGGGAGCCAUCGCAGAGGCCCUGUCUACCUCAGAGGUGGCCGAGCGCAUCUGGGCUGCUGCCCCCAACAGGUUCUGUGCAGACUGUGGGGCUCCCCAACCUGACUGGGCCUCCAUCAAUCUCUGCGUCGUCAUCUGUAAGAGCUGUGCAGGGGAGCACCGUGGCCUGGGGGCUGGAGUGUCCAAGGUGCGGAGCCUGAAGAUGGACAGGAAGGUGUGGACAGAAACACUCAUCCAGCUCUUCUUACAGCUGGGCAAUGGCCCUGGGAACCACUUCUGGGCCGCCAACGUGCCCCCUAGUGAGGCCCUGCAGCCCAGCAGCAGCCCUGGUGCCAGGCGAUACCACCUGGAGGCCAAGUACAGAGAGGGCAAGUACCGCCGCUACCACCCACUCUUUGGCAACCAAGAGGAGCUGGACAAGGCCCUGUGUGCUGCAGUGACUACCACGGACCUGGCUGAGACCCAGGCACUCCUGGGCUGUGGGGCUGGGGUCAGCUGCUUCUCAGGGGACCCGGCAGCUCCCACACCCCUGGCUCUCGCUGAGCAGGCUGGACAGACGCUGCAGAUGGAGUUUCUACGGAAUAACCAGAGCACAGAGGUCCCUCGGCUGGACUCAGGGAAGCCCUUGGAAAAGCACUACUCCGUUAUCCUGCCGACUGUGAGCCACAGUGGCUUCCUGUACAAAACUGCUUCUGCCGGCAAGCCUCUACAGGACCGCCGGGCCCGGGAAGAGUUCAGCCGGCGCUGGUGUGUCCUUAGUGAUGGGGUCCUGAGUUACUACGAGAAUGAACGGGCAGUGACACCCAAUGGGGAGAUUCGGGCCAACGAGAUUGUAUGCCUGGCAGUUUCCCCUCUGGACACCCACGGCUUUGAACACACCUUUGAGGUGUACACAGAGGGAGAACGGCUGUACCUGUUUGGGCUGGAGAAUGCAGAGCUGGCUCACGAGUGGGUCAAGUGCAUUGCCAAGGCAUUCGUGCCUCCCCUGGCUGAGGACCUGCUAGCCCGGGACUUUGAGCGGCUUGGGCGCCUCCCCUACAAAGCUGGCCUGAGCCUCCAGCAGGCCCAGGAAGGCUGGUUCGCCUUGGCUGGCUCUGAGCUCCGGGCUGUCUUCCCAGGGGGGCCCUGGGAAGAGCCACUGCAGCUCCGGAGACUGCAAGAGCUUUCCAUCCAAGGAGACAACGAGAACCAAGUUCUGGUGCUGGUAGAGCGGAGGAGGACGCUGUACAUCCAGGGCGAGCGGCGACUGGACUUCAUGGGUUGGCUCGGGGCCAUCCAGAAAGCAGCAGCCAGCUUGGGAGACACACUGUCAGAGCAACAGCUUGGGGACUCAGACAUCCCGGUGAUUGUGUACCGCUGUGUGGACUACAUCACACAGUGUGGCUUGACCUCGGAGGGGAUCUAUCGAAAGUGUGGUCAGACCUCGAAGACCCAGAGACUGCUGGAGAGCCUGCGGCAGGAUGCGCGCUCUGUACACCUCAAAGAGGGAGAGCAGCAUGUGGAUGACGUCUCCUCUGCACUCAAACGCUUCCUGCGGGACCUGCCUGAUGGGCUCUUCACUCGUGCGCAGCGCCUGGCCUGGCUGGAGGCCUCUGAGAUCGAGGAUGAGGAGGAAAAGAUCUCCAGGUACCGAGAGCUCUUGGUGCAUCUGCCCCCUGUCAACCGGGCCACCGUGAAGGCCCUUAUCAGCCAUCUGUACUGUGUACAGUGCUUCUCAGACACAAACCAAAUGAACACACACAACCUGGCCAUCGUGUUCGGGCCCACACUCUUCCAGACGGAUGGGCAGGACUACAAGGCCGGCAAGGUGGUGGAAGACCUCAUCAACCACUAUGUGGUGGUGUUUAGUGUGGACGAGGAGGAGCUGAGGAAGCAGAGGGAGGAAGUCACUGCCAUUGUGAAGAUGCGAGUGGCUGGCACUGCCAGUGGGACCCAGCAUGCCGGUGACUUCAUCUGCACCGUGUACCUGGAGGAGAAGAAGGUGGAGACUGAGCAGCAUGUCAAGAUCCCGGCAUCCAUGACAGCAGAGGAGCUUGCCCUGGAGAUCCUGGACCGCCGCAAUGUGAGCAUCAGGGAAAAGGACUAUUGGACUUGCUUUGAGGUCAACGAGAAGGAGGAGGCAGAGCGCCCGUUACACUUUGCGGAGAAGGUGCUGCCCAUUGUGCAUGGGCUGGGCAUAGACAGCCACCUGGUGGUGAAGAAGUACCAGUCCAUGGAGGCCAUGCUGUUGUAUUUGGCCAGCCGUGUGGGUGACACCAAACAUGGCAUGAUGAAGUUCCGUGAGGACCGAAGCCUCCUGGGUCUGGGGCUGCCCUCAGGUGGCUUCCACGAUCGCUACUUCAUUCUCAACAGCAGCUGCCUACGGCUCUACAAGGAGGUUCGGAGCCAAAGGCCGUGGAGCGGGGCCCCUGAGACCAGUCACCGGCCCGAGAAGGAGUGGCCUGUCAAGAGCCUCAAAGUCUACCUGGGUGUAAAGAAGAAACUGCGGCCACCUACUUGCUGGGGCUUCACCGUGGUCCACGAGACAGAGAAGCACGAGAAGCAGCAAUGGUACCUCUGCUGCGACACUCAGAUGGAACUCCGGGAGUGGUUUGCCACUUUCCUCUCUGUACAGCACGACGGCCUGGUGUGGCCCUCGGAGCCCUCUCGAGUGUCCCGGGCAGUGCCCGAGGUCCGGAUGGGCAGUGUAUCACUGAUCCCUCUGCGUGGCAGUGAAAACGAAAUGCGCCGGAGUGUGGCAGCCUUCACUGCUGACCCCCUUUCUCUCCUCCGUCAUGUCUGAGCAUAGGAGUCAUUCCUGGCUCUGGGACACCGUCAACUGCCACUAGGAAGCCUUCCUGUUCAGACACCCUCGUGCUCUGUGUGCUUGGUGUGAGCCAGCGGAACACACGGGGAAGCCGUACCCACACCCCACAUCCUGACUGCAGCACAGGCUCCCGGGCUGGGCAGGAACGGGGGGCCGGCAAUGGGAUUUUCCUGGGGCGGGGCCCUUCCCUGCUCUCCAGGCUUACAGUGCUCCUGACCUGGCUUGCUUACCCAGGCUCGCUCUCCUUGAGUUCGUGGAGUUGGAGAGAGGGCCAGAAAUCAGGAGCUCGGCAAGAGAGGCUGGAGGAUUUGGGGCCCCGCUGGGAGGGAGCCCACCCCCUUCCCAUAGGCUCCAGAGCAGCAAAAAGCUGGUAAUCUGAAAGAACUCCUAGGGAGUCUGGGAGGGAGCUGGUGGGAAGCUUUACCAGCUCAAAGCUGGACCUGGGGUUGUCAGCCCACUUCUGGUGUGCGCUGCCGGGAGGCCCAGGCUGUGGCUGUCUGCUACCCCUCCCCCACUUUGGAUACUUUUUGAUAAUAUAAAUAUAUCUGUAUAUUUUA